CUCAUACCGACCUCUGUUCUUCACCCUUUUAACUCCCUGGUGGAGGCCGCCCAGGUUGCCGGCUCUCUCCCCCAGAUCCUUCUGCUUCUCUUUAGGAGAACUAACUUCUAUUCCAAGGACAAUGAAGGCAGCUGGUUCCGCUCACUCUUCGUGCAUAAGGUGGAUCCCCGGAAGGACGCCCACUCCACCCUCCUGUCCAAGAAGGAGACCAGCAGCCUCUACAAAAUCCAGUUUCACAAUGUGAAGCCUGAGUGUCUGGAUGCCUACAACAGCCUGACGGAGGCCGUGCUGCCCAAGCUGCACCUGGAUGAGGACUACCCCUGCUCGCUCGUGGGCAACUGGAACACGUGGUAUGGGGAGCAGGACCAGGCAGGUGAGGUGCCCCCAUCUCCAGCACCACUGCCGCCCACCCAGGCAUUUCCCCCCCCACCCCCAAGGCAAAGGGUCCUGGUGCUACCGAGAACCAGGCUGGAGGCCACCCCCCUACAUACAUGCUUAGCCAACAGGGGGAGAAGCAGGGCUGGGUCCCAGGGGCCCCCUGACCCGGACCUCUCCAAAACACAUCCUUUCUCUCUUCCUGGAUCCAACAUCUAUGAGCUGAGGACAUACAAGCUCAAGCCAGGAACCAUGAUCGAGUGGGGCAACAACUGGGCUCGGGCCAUCAAGUACCGACAAGAGAACCAGGAGGCGGUGGGCGGCUUCUUCUCACAGAUAGGAGAGCUCUACGUGGUGCACCAUCUCUGGGCCUACAAAGACCUGCAGUCUCGGGAAGAGACUAGAAAUGCUGCUUGGAGGAAGAGGGGUUGGGACGAAAAUGUCUACUACACAGGUGAGUCCCUUCUCCGGGGAGCAGGGGGGCUGGAGGGCGCAGUACGGCCCUUGGAGGUCAUCUGCUAGGAGCCCUAUUUGAGG